AUGUUCUUCUUCAAUGCCCUGUCCUCCUUGGGCUUCUUAACCUCUCUUGUCUCCGCCCAAGUCUCGAAUACUACCAAUGGAACUUCUGGUUCAAGUACAUCAACAUAUACAAACCCCAUCUUAAAUGAAGUUGGCGCGGAUCCUUGGGUUAUCCGUCAUGGAGAUUACUACUACAUGACUUAUACUACGAAUACGAACAUAACUAUGCUUCGAAGCUCUGUCUUGACCGAUUGGGAUAACGCCGAUGUCAAGCUAGCCUUCGACCCGCCUCCAGGCAUGAACUACUCGACUGAUCUUUGGGCACCUGAAUUGCACCAGAUCGACAACUCCUGGUAUAUCAUUUUUACUGCCGAUCCCGCAUUCGACACGCCUUCGCCCGAGAUAGACAUGCUUUGUGACUUCAACUGCCCUGCAAUUCAUCACAGAAUGUAUGUUCUCGAAGGCUCUUCCUCCGACCCUUGGAACUCGACCUACACUCUCAAAUCUCAGCUCAAUACGUACGAUCAAUUCGCUAUUGACGGUACCUACUUCCAGCAUGACUCUGGACUCUACCAUAUCUACAGUUGCUGGUACCGCCAGUACGACGCAUGGCCGGCCAACCUUUGCAUUACCAAACUGUCAGAUCCCUGGACUGUAGCAAGCAAUUUCAGUGAGCGUCAGAUCAUCAGCACUCCAGAUAAUCCUUGGGAAAAGACACCAUAUGGACGUCCCUUCAACCAGCGUCUUUCGUCGAAUGAAGGACCGCAACAGCUCACCAACCCCACCACUGGACAGCAGUUCGUAAUCUACAGUGCUGCUCGUUCUGACAAUCGCAACUACUGCUUGGGUCAAUUGGAACUCAUUGGCGAUGAUCCGAUGAACCCUUCAGACUGGCGCAAGAAUAACCAAGGUUGUGUGUUUUAUCAGAACCCCAAGGUGGAGGCAUUCGGAGUGGGACAUGCUAGUUUCACAAAGAGUCCCGAUGGCAGCGAAGACUGGAUUGUUUACCAUGGCAUGAGAGACCCCACAAACGGUUGGAGUGCGAGAACGAUUAGAACGCAGCAGUUCACGUGGAAUGCUGAUGGUUCGCCCAAAUUCCCUAGACCGGGAUACGGACCUUACCAGGUUCCCUCAGGACAGAAUUGA